GAAAUAUGAAUGUACCGUGAGAGGAAGCUGUUGAAAUUUGUACGCCCUUGUUUUAAAAAGCUCCUUUCGUUCUUAGUACACGUAUAUUCCGUUGGCUAUGUCGCGCUACUCGCAUUCCCAGAGGAUGAAUCUGGGGACUGUUUUUAAUUUUCGAGAUCUUGACAAAAAUGUUCAAGUCCAUCUUAAGAACGUAUACAGUACCCUCUCUAUUGGUAUGAUAAUAUCAUGUGUUGGGGCAUACUUAUUUCAAAUAAACUCUUUUCUGCAGUCGAUUACAACUUCUUUGGUGGUCUUGUCAUUCAUUUUAUCCCUUGGAAGCUCUUUGUUCAUUUAUUUCACACAACACUCAAGAGAAACCCUUCAUUCUAGACUUGGUGCUUUCUUCUUGUUCUGUUUUUCUACAGGUAUUGGUUUUGGUCCACUUCUUCAAGCUUUGUCAGUAAUCAGUCCCGAUACUAUUCCAACUGCCCUUUUGGGUACUGCCUUGAUUUUCGUCUCGUUCACAUUAACAGCACUGUUUACACGAAAACGAUAUUACCUCUAUCUUGGUGGUGAGUUUGUAUUUUUUUCUUGUUACACUGAUGACUUUAUUGCCUUGUUUUGUAUGUUUUCUAACCCAACCAUUAUGUGUAAUAGCAAAUACUGAUGUAUUUCAUGUCUAAUGGUGUUGAAUUUGUAUAUGAUUUUGCAUUUGGCACUUCAUACAUCCCCCCACCACAGAUUAUUUUGGUCUCAAACCCUAUGUGAAUUGUUUGUAGUGCUAAAAUAUAUUCAAACAUCAACCAAUAACUCAUUAAGUCAUAGUAAAUGUGUGUUGCUUAGCGCUUUUUUAAGCUAUCAUAAAUUAAGGUUCUUAAUUGGAUUAACUUAUAUCGAAACCAACCACUGAGUCAGAUCACCUUCAUUGUAAUUUAAUGAGCAGGAGAGACCUUGCCCUGUCAAACUCUGUGGCAUCUCACAACAGUGUCUGUCUAGAAUUCCACUUUCGAGUGACCGAAAGCUAUACAUUACAACCGAAUGUGUGAUUUUAUUGAGUAAUAUAUCAAGUUCAAUCCAUUCAUUUGUUUGUGCUUUUUGUUAUUUGAAUAUUGUAAUCACAAAGUCACCCCUGACGAUGGACACCUUAACUUCGAAGGCACGCUAGUUGUGAUACUGUGAGUGCUAUUGUUGUUCCGACAAUAAAAUAUCGGUUAAAUCUAAAUCCUAGCUUUCAUCAGUUAUUUUUGUCAUUUCAAAAUCAACAACUAUUGUAUUUAUUAGCUAGGAAAUUGUUCUCCACACUUUGAUUAUUUAGUCUCAGUUUCUAGUGUUCACAUCUGAUCUAGUCUACUGCUUAUCUCUGGGGUACAGAUUCUUGUAUUUAGCUUCGAGUUAUAAUCUAGGUUUGAUGACUAGUAAUGCCGCCUAUUUUCCCAAAACGAAGUGGGACGGAGUUUUAACUUGCGAAUUGGUUGAUAGUCAAACACGUUAACCACUGAGUUACUGCUCCGCGACAUUUACAUAUGUAAGUUUGUGUUUGAUCGUUGGUACCACUAUAUUUCAUUUAGCUGUACAAUUUGGAUUUAAGUAACUCAUUUACUAGAUACAAGUUUAUCCACUCGGCUUUGUGCCAUACGUGUGCGUAAAUCCGUAAAAUGCAAAAUGAGCGAAGACUUAUAUAGUAUGUAACUAGUGAUAAAGAAACAAUUAAUCUAUAUUUGGUAAUGUCGCAUGUUCAAAAUAGUAUGAAUAAAGUUUUGAGUAGAAUGACAGAAUUUCAUUUUGUUUGUUUGGGUUUUCUCAGUUGCUUACAACCUAUACAGAUGAAGCUUCUAGAGGUGAAUAUUUAUCAUCACAGAUGAACGAAAACUUAAAUAAUAGCUUAACUAGAUAGAUAAAAAGUUGUAGUUCUAUCACUAAUACGAUUUUUUGGUGUCGAUGCAUUGGAAUUUUUUUCUUUGUUCCAUAGCUGGAUUGAUGUCUGCUAUCAGUUUGCUGACAACAUUUAGCUUCAUGAACCUAUUUAUUCGUUCUCCGGCCAUAUACAACGCUGAACUUUACAUUGGAUUGGCUAUAUUUUGUGCAUUUGUGAUUUUCGAUACCCAAUUAAUUGUUGAAAAGCGUCGUAAUGGGGAUACUGAUUUCGUAUGGUGAGUUCAUUGAGUUACAUGGUAGAGCUUCGACUACUGAUUGAAUUCAUACAAACACUAUGCACUCUGCAUAUCGAGUCGGGAUUAAUGCAAAGUAUCAGUCAAAGGCUGACACGAAUGUUUGUCUACCCAGAUUGUUACAAUGCAAAAGAGAAUAUUAACAUGAUAAAGAGCAUAAGAUAGUAAAUGACAUUCAUUGCAAUGAAAAGCUAAAUGCAACGUGGCACUACCUACAUUCUAUUCAAGAUAAUAAGGCCAACUUGUCCACUCAUCAAUAGAUUGAUCAAAACAAAAUACGAAAAUUUAAAAAUUAGUAGUCAAAAUAUCGCUUUCAUUCAGGUAUCAAUUUCUGUGUGCAACAGCUUCCGGUUACUGCGUUGAAAUAAAGUAAAAUCCUGUUACUAGUAUCUGGUUCCAUUUCAACCUGUUUAAGAGCUUGAGUGUUCAAUUUGAAUCAUUUACAUAUAGAGAUUUUGCAACUAUGUUCAGUUCGAUACCGAGUGCUUUGCUAGAGUAUCAUGUCAUAGUGUAAACCUGAAUUCUCUCAGUAAGAUAAGGCCAUAAAUAAAAUAAUAGUGUUAUGUUUUUACAAGUGGUUACCGCUCUAAACUGAUAGAUUUUCAAUAUACCGAAUGAUGGAAGUUCAUUUGAAGAGAAGUUUAAAUAAUCCAAAAACCGUAAAGUCCCAAUAGCUGGGACAUGGUAAUGGCAGAGAUGAAACAUUGAUACCUUAUCUACCAGGCUAAAACUUGUUUGUUUUGGAUUUGCCAUUCCUGACCUACAAGUCAAUCAUGUGGAUAUCAGUGCAUGUAGGUCCAGUAUAUAUGCCUUAGAAAUAAAACAUACACUCAACAUUAUAAUCUGAUAGGAUAUUCACCUGACUAUCACAGUUCAACAAGUUACGUAUUAAGACUCAGUGUAAAAUAUCAUGAAGCGUUCACUGAACUUUUUCUCAAUUUUGCUUAUUUUCUGUCCUGUUUCAGGCACACGUUGGAUUUGUUCAUUGAUUUUGUCGAAAUAUUCCGUCAUCUUCUUAUAAUCCUCAACUCUAAAAGGGUAUGUUCCUAGUUUUAUAUCUCUACGAUAUUUUGAAUGUGAACUGUAACUUAAGAGUUUUCUGUCUACUUCCCAACAUUUAACACUAGAGAAUACAGUAAUGAAUAGGCCUAUAUAUAUUCUUAUUAUUGCAAGUGAUUAAAGUUCUAGACAGGUAUUUAUUGUAUUUCACCUAGUACUUCCACUAAUUAAUUUACUGCAUGAUAGUAAUAAUCCCAUUGUGUGACUUGGUUUCCAAAAUGUUUGUAUAAAACUAAGUACCAAGAACUUGUACACAAUCUAAAUAAAUGCAAAGCAAAUGUUAUUAACAAUCUGGUCACGUUACGUAUAAUUACCACUCGAUUAAAAGCGUCUAUAUAUUUUGAUUUUCAAAUGAAUUAUUGAACAGAUCUAAUUUAUAUUAUCAAUUCUUUCUUUUAGAGACGUGAUCGUGAUGACGAUUAAAAAAAUGGUGUUCAUUUGUUUAGCAGUCGGUUAAUUUGCUUAAAUUGCUUCAUAAUAAUAAUACUACUCUUUAUUGGUAUUAUUUCACUUAAUCUUUCUACUUCGCAUUUUGUUGAGAAACCUUACGAACAAAAUUUAUUAAAAAAACAACAACAACUAAAGUACUUAAUUAUUAAUUUGUUAUAAAUUUACGUUGUUCUGAUUAAGUCGAGAUUUACAUGGACUUAACACAAAUAUAUUUCUGUUUUAUUUAUAAAAAAAAGUGUAUUCUAAAACUCUUUUGCUUCGAAUAUCAAAAUAUAUUGAAAAAUAUGCCCUAACUUUACAUUGCACUAAUAAAAUUGGUUGUUUUUUUUC